AGAGAUGAGGCUCGGACCUGCAGAGGAGCUCCAGAUGGGUGACUGCAGUCUGAGGCUUUUAUUUUGAAGGCAGAGGGGCAUGCAUGAGUACCAGUUUUACCCAGGAAAAGCAACAAUCUGAGAGGAGGACAGUGGAGGAGGCUGAGGAUCAGCGUCCGCCUGCAUCAGUGGACUUAAUAAUAAAGUGCAGCUUCCUCCAGAACCAGGAGGAGAUGCUGUGAACCCCGGCGGGCCAUCAUGGAGCCGGUGAAGAGGGACAUGGAGCUGCUGAGCAACAGCAUGGCCACCUACGCCCACAUCAAAGCGAAUCCGGAGAGCUUUGCUCUCUACUUCAUGAUGGGGGUCUCCUUCGGCCUCUUCAUGGCGCUCUGCCUCCUGGUGGGUGGCAUCGCCUGCAGGACUCGCCGCCGCAGGAAACCUCCUUCAUCUCCUGAGAGGAGGCAACUGAAGGAGUCCAGCGAAGAAGAAGAGGAGGAGGAUGAAGAAGAAGAAGAAGACCCCAAGACGACGGGGGUUGCCCUGAGCGACCGCAGCAGCCAAUCAAACGGCACGCUGAGGAGCGUGAACGUGUUCGCCUCGGCGGAGGAGCUGGAGAAGGCGCGGCGUCUGGAGGAGCGAGAGCGGAUCGUCCGGGAGAUCUGGAGGAACGGACAGCCGGACAUCCUGGUCACAGGAACCGGAACCAUCGGGCGGGUCCAUUACUGCUGACAGAACCAAGGAGGAGAGGACGGCUUGCCGGAGACCUCUGCUGUUUCCACAGAGGAACAGUGUUUCUGAAGAAACCGAGGUGAAGAUGUCAGCUCCACGAGGAGACCCAAAGACGGAACCAGCAGGAGAAGAUAUUCUGAUAAACAUUUUUUGAAUGAUGGAUCAAAACCAUCAUGUUAACCCAUUCUGGUGCAGAGCUCCAAACAUCACACUCCCUCCCCCGUGUUUGACACUUCUUCGAAAAGUUUGUUUUUUUUUUGGUCCAAAAAGAAGUUCCAAAAAGUUCAUAUUUUUUUUAUCAUCUUUUGUUUAGAAAUUUGUGGAUUUUUCUGUGUUUUUUUUCCUUAGCAGCUUUUCUCCUUGAACUUUCAUGGUUUCUUUUUGCUCCAAAAGUCUCUUUCUGUCAGUUGAAUCAUGAACUUUAGCCUCAAGCGAGGACUACACUUCUUUUCAUGUUCUUGUGCUUCUUUGUGACCUCCUGCACGUGUCCUUGCUGUAUUCUUAAACUCAUGUUGGUCAUUCGGCAGUUUUUUUUUUUUUUCCAGGAUGUUGUGGUGUGUACAGGGGCGAAGCUAGAACACUUUAUCUGAGGGCAGGAAGGGGGGGCUUUGGAUCAAAAAUAUGUAUUUCAAACAGUUUUAUUUAUUUAAGGCUUCUUUCAGCAUUAGUAAUUCUUGUAUUGAUGACUUCUUAAUUUUUCUGAACAAUAAUAAUAUUCACUCAAAAAUUGGGGGGCAUGUGUUUUACUAGGUGGGCCCCUUGAAGCUCCACCCCUGGGUGGGUGGUUUAGUUUUCCAGCAGAGGGCGCUAACCUACGUCAAAGAAGGUAGAACUAGAAGACUGGUCACAUGAUUUAUGUAUCGAAUAUAAAUUCUUUUCAUAUCCAACCUGUUAAGAUUUAGGUUCUAAAAACCUCCCUUAAAAGCAACUUGUUUAAGACUUUUUCCUGUUAUGACUUCACAAAGAAAAUAUCUUGAAAAUCCCUUGAAUGCAAAAAAAAUAAAUAAAUAA